AUGAGCAAACAGGAGGAAAGCGCAAUGGACCACAUGACCUUUUGCACGUCAUCACUUCAGGCUUUGAUGAGAGUAGUCCGCCAAAAGACGGAGAGGAAAGACGGAGAAAUAGAAAGGUUGGAGAAAGAGGCGAGGCGAGAUGUAAUCGAAGGGUUACAAGUGAUGGAAGCAUUGAUCAAGCAAAUGAGUGAGUUCACGAAAGAGUCUGUGGAACAACAAGAACAACAAUUUGCGUUGAUUAGGAGUGAGAACGCACUUUUGCAAAAGAAAGUGGAGGUGUGUGGGAAGGAGAUUGAAUUGCUUAAAACGGAACAACAACACUUUGAACUUGAAAAAAACACGUUGUUUGAAUCAUACGAAGAAAGGAUGGCUCAACUUCACAUGGAAAUCACUAACAAAAACAAAGAGAUCGACCGAAUAGAGAACGAAAUUCUUGGGGUUGUGAACCAAAAGACAAUUUCAGAAGAUUUCAGAGGAAACACAAAAGAAGAAGGAGAUGCGGGAAAGCAGAUUGAAAUUGCUGACUUGCGAAAUCGCAUUGAAACGUUGAAGAAAGAAGUUGACAACUUGAAAGGACAAGCAGAAGUAAAUGCACAGACCAAUGAUGUGAUGUGGGUGACAAUAAUGAAAGGACGCAACGAAAAUUCGAUCUUAAAAACACUCAUUUUGGAGCAUCAAAAGGGGCGCGUGAUGAAGGAAAUAAAAAUGUUUGAUGAUGCGGUGUUGAUGUGCGAUUAUAGGAAAAUCUGUUUGUGGACCAAAAUGACGAAUUUUGAGCAAAUAGGAAAGAGUGAGAACGAUGGAGAUGAGAAAACGUGGAGCGUUGUAAAAGGACGCAAAAACGUGUUGUGUUUGAAAAUUACACAAAUAGGGAGUGUUUUUGGGUAUUUUCACAGUGGUGAACAUCCGCACGUCGAUAAGUGGAGUAUUCCACAAACAACUGACUUUGUUUUUUCGCUUAAAAACUUAUUCAAUAAACCGCCCGUCAUCUUCAAGAAAAACAUUAAUGGAAAGUUGGAAGAGUUAAAAUCAAAUGAUGUGUGUUUACCAAUUAUUGUCGAAGAGAUGGAUUCCCCGUGUCUUGCUGCUCUAAUUUUUCAGGCAUCACCAUGA